AUGGCUGUCGACGUGGAAGAGCUGAUCAUCACUCCCUUCAAAGAGGUGGUCGAACGAGGCCAAGAUGCCGUGACCAACGCGCAGGCCGCCGAAGAGGACGACCCCGAGAUGGGGACCCAGAUGGCGCGCGCCGCCCAAGCCCUCGUCAAGGAAGGGGACCGCGCCUUGAAGAGGCUGCAGCCGAUCUGGGACGCCCACGUUGACAAAUUCGGUGAUGCGUUCAAGGACGCCAUUCGUGACAGUGAGAAGCGGCGCGUCCUGGAGGACCUGCUGUAUGACUUUGAGGACUACAUCGAGCUCGAUUCGUUCGACCUCGACAAGUUUGUCGAGCUGCAGGCGGCUACGAAAUCUUUCGCACUGCAUGCCUUGAACAUCGUCAAACGCUUAAAAGUCGAAGCGCCAGUACCAACCCCUCCAACACCGAAAUCACCAGUCCACACAUUUCCGCCCCUGCCGCCCCUGCCGCCCUCACGAUCAGGCACCCGAGCGAGUUCGCGGCCCACAACUCGCGGAGGAGCGGUCGACUCUCCGGCAGACGGCUUCCAGACCAUCUCGCAGUUCCCUCCUCCGCCUCUCCCUGGGAGUACACAGGAUGAAGCAUCUGCCAAUGGCAACACGAGGCAUCGCAAUUCAAGCGGAACCCGCCAGCAGCGACGUACGUCAGGACUGCAACGCGCCGGGACCACCAGCUCCCGCGCGUCGUCUGUUCAAGCAGCAGACUCCCAGGCGAUGCCGCUUCGAAGGGUCGACUCGUGGACUACAGCCGUAUCCACGAGGCAGCAGCAGAACGAGCCAACGGCUCAACACCACCCUCCACCGCAGCAAGCUCAACCAUCGCCCAUGGCCCAGGUCUUGCGAGCUGACGGCAAGUCAUCCGGCCUCGAUGUCCUCGGUGACGAAUUCGACCGCGUUCGUAUUGUUUCCGAACCUCGGAGACUGUCUCCUCCCGCCCCGUCAUCCUCCCCCCGGAUAUCGGAAUGGGUGACUGACCAGACGAGUGAGCCGCAUCCGGGCGUGCGCCGUUAUAUCGCGGGCGACAGACCCCCUGAGCAUGCCGGCAUGGCCAAGGUCGCGACGCGCGUUAAUGUUGAGCCUCCGGUGAUCCACAGCCGAACGUAUCGCAAUGGCUACACGUAUGGCUCGCCCGUGGACAAUACCGGGUAUACGUCUGCAACCUCCGUCUUCGACCCCACCAGCCCUUCGACGACGAACCGGACAUCUCUCUUCUCAGAACCGAACACAUCGUCUGCUGGGCCCUCUCCGUGUAUCAAUCCCAACAGUGAGCCCCGAGGCGCCUCGCACGGAACCUUUUACUCAGAAAGCGAUCACAUGGCACCGUUGAUGCUUCCGCCCUUGUCCGAGCACGACGAUGGCUUGAUGCUUGCGGACGAGACGAGAACAGUGAGGUCAGAAACAAGUGGGACGCAGAUUCGUACCAUCUCGACAGGCGCAAGAGAGACGGCGUGUCAGAUCGGACCAAAGAGCUCGUUCCACCAGCUCAAAGGAUUUUGCGAUGGCGCCGAGCUAUUCAAGAAAAGCGAGCAUGCACGCGGCAUGAAACAGGCUUCCAUAUAUGGCCAGCUUGUAGCAGUCGGCCGCUGCACCAGCUGCGAGUUCUAUCUCGUGCACAGUGAGAUGACACGCGAUCUGGAGAGAGACUCUCGUGCAAACUUUAUGAAAUUUAAUGUUGUGUACCGGCUUCGCUUCAUGUUCAAGUCGCACAUGACGACCAAGAACCUGACCGAAGUCAGAUAUGCCUGCCUCUUCUGUACACAGACUGGACACACCGUGAGACACGGUGACGCCACAGCCUUUGUCUCCCAGGAACAGCUCCUUCGUCAUCUGUCGCAACAUCCACAACCUUUGCCUGAGAUUCCUGGAGUGACCGUACUGUACGGAAAGGUGGAGGCAGGCCACGAGCUCGAGGAGGACUACGACCUGCACUUUCCAGAUCCGCCGGCACCCAGCCCAGUGCCUGAGACGGCAUUAAUCAUGUUGCCAACCGCCACGGCGAUCAAGAGUAACGUGAAGCGGUAUGGCGAGGUAGCGCCAGUCGCACCGGACGGGACCGACGAUGUGCUCAAAUUCUUGAUCGGCGCCCAGAUUGUGGGGGUUGAGUUCCCUGAGGAAUGGGGUGGAAAGUGGUGUAGAGGGUGGCAUGAUGGCGAAAAAAAGGCGUUUCCGUCGAAAAUGGUAGACAUCGAAGGCCCGAAACAAAGCGAGGUUUCGUUGAAUGCGAACAGCAGGAUUUCUGUUACCGCUCGGUGGAAAUGGAAUCCAAAGGAUGGCGCACGAACCGGCUGGUUACCCCUUGAAAAAGGGGACGUUAUUCAGAACGUCGGCUGGGUAUACCAGGAUCACUGUGGCGAGCGAUGA